AUGUCGACACUCACUAUUUUGCGACGUCACGCUCAGAAUCCUGAUCCCGCCAGUCUUCCGCCCUCCGUGCUCCUUGAUUAUACCGACUCUUACUUGACCAUCUUUGACGCGUAUCCGAAGGCUACUUUUCACCUCCUUGUACUUCCCAGACCCAAGGAUGGCUCCCUGACGCUUUCCGAACUGUCUGGAUUACGUUCUCUCCUCUCAUGCCAGAAAAAGGACGCCAAAAAGAUUCUGGAUGAACUCGCAGCGCAAGCCGAGAAAACGAAAGAGCUUGUCAGAGAAGAAAUGGUCCAGCGUUACGGCUACUCUUGGGACAUUUGGGUGGGAUUCCACGCGGUCCCCAGCAUGGAGCAUAUCCACCUUCAUGUCAUUUCGAGUGACUUAUGUUCUCCAAAGUUAAAGAACAAGAAGCAUUACAAUUCUUUCCAUCCAAAGCUGGGGUUCUUUCUUCAUUUGGAGGAGGUUUUGUCUUGGUUUGAAGAGGAGCCAAAAUACUUUGCUACUAAAAAAAGGUUGAAACCCUCCGAGUAUGAACCGCUCUUAAAGGAGAGCCUCGUGUGUUGGCGAUGCGACCGCAUUCUUCCGAAUAUGCCUACACUGAAAAACCAUUUGCAGGAGGAAUGGGAUAAGGAAGCUAAAAGAGCUGCAGAGAAAAAGCGAAAGCGCGAGUCAGGUCCAGGACAGGCCGAUAGCUUCGCGGGCAACGCGAAGAAGCAGCAUGUCGAAGGGGUGGAAGAGAUAUGAGCGUCCUAGGACGUCCUACUCACUAUCUUUGAGACUGUCACGGAAUAUGACUCCGCGAGCACGUUGCAUUGGACCUACGGUACCGGAAGGAUGAUUAGAUCUACUCAUAAUAUAUACAUGGCAAGUUGGAUGCUCUUCACCUCAUGAUCAUUACGGCCUCGCGAGGGCCUCGCCAAAUUCCUGGGGGAAAUGACGGCCUUCAAAAAGACUACGAUAGAACCCGACGAGGACGAUGACCCAGGAUGACCGUCACAUAGCCGCUACUUAACGCGACCACGCGUUCGACGCGUGGUAUAAAUAUAGAAACC